AUGGAACACCUGCAUGAAAUUUUGGUUUUCUUCUGUUUACUUUUUCCCGUCGUCUUAAGAUCAACACCAUGCAAAAACGUUCCACCAUUUCUUAAUCGUUUACGUGAUGGCGUAGACAUAACAAAACUUGACCUACUACCGCUAGACGUGACAGGGAAUGACGGAUUUAGAUAUCCAGUCAUUGAUUUUACCUGCAACCAUAAGAAGAGAAAGGAACUUAAUGGGAAAACAUACAAUAUACCUGAUCAGAUUUGGAACAUAGUGAAUAUUCCAAAUGGCCUACUAGAUACAUACGUUGAGAUACACAAAAACAGUCAUAGCUUUAUAAAGUCAAUGUCAGCGAGAGUCGAUGUUGGACUGUUUAAAGGCCUGUUUUCUUCAAGUGUGACAUAUACAAAAAUGAAACGUUACUUUCAAAAGGCUUCAAAGUAUGUUGAAGAUUUGACUGCCCAGACAGCUGGAUAUAAAAUCAACAUGAUACCGGAAUGGGGACUUGAAUUUGGUCGAGUUGCUAAAAUGUAUAUUGAUAGAUUACUACCAGAAACAUUAAAUGAAAAAUCAAUUAAAAAAUAUAUGAAAUUCAUAGAUACAUUUGGAACACAUUAUUUCAAUCAUGGAAGAUUUGGGGGUAUACUAAGAUUGCUUCUAGCAACCGAUGCUAGCUACUUUGAGAAAAAGACAGAAAAGAGGAUAACAAUGGAAGCCAAAACUUUAUUUAAGAAAAUACUUAAAAUCGGAGGGAAAUCUACAAUUAGUACACAGAAAAUCGAUACCAAGUUUGCAAACUCUACAAGAAAUCACGUGAGAUACUAUGGAGGAAAGACAAAUCUUCUGGCGGCUGGGGGAAUUUCAACUUGGAUACCCACAGUUCUGGAUAACCCUUGGUUGUAUGGAGGAGGUAUGAGAGAAAUAUCGGAAUUAAUCGAGAAUAACAACAAAAGACAGUCGAUGAAAACAGCUGUUCAGGUGUGA